AUGGAAAUGUGUGAGAAGCUUGGCCUGACCCUGAUGAAGCAUCCUCACGCCUACCAUGUGCAAUGGUUUAGCGAUUGUGGUGAUGUGAAGGUGCAGUACUUGGUUAGAGUUAUUUUCAGCAUACAUGAUUACACUGAUACUGUUGAUUGCGAUGUUGUGCCUAUGACUAUUUGUCACUUGCUAUUGGGGCGGCCAUGGCAAUUUGAUAGGGGUGUUCUACAUGAAGGUCGUGAUAACACAUAUGCUUUCAAGUGUCAAGGUAAAGGCAUCAACCUGCUACCCAUGACACCAAAUCAGAUUAUAGCAGCAGCAAACAUGCAAAGGAAGAUUGAAGUAAAGAAGAUAAGUGAGGAUCAACAUGAGAAGAGGAAGGUGACUGUCAUCCACAAGUCGGUGAGUGAGGGCCACAAAACAAGCUUGAAUGGAAAGAGGAAGAGUGAGAAGCAUAAGUUAGUUAUGAUAGCCACUAAAUCUGAGAUGAAGGAAGUGAGAGAUAACCCCAAAAUGGUGCAUUUUGUACUUCUAUACAAGGAUGCAAUGCUCUCUACUAAUGACUUAACUCCUCUUCCUAGUGGUAUUUCUAGUGUGUUGCAGGAUUUUGAAGAUGUGUUUCCGGAGGAGAUACCCGCUGGUCUACCUCCAAUUCGUGGGAUUGAACAUCAGAUCAACCUCAUCCCAGGAGUUUCCCUUCCUAACCGACCAUCAUAG